AUGGAUCACGAAACCGCGGGAGCUAAAGAAUGGUUGCUACCUGGUUACGGGCGGCCCACAUCGAAAAGCCGUGGAGAAACUACUCGAACAGUGGCUGAUCAGGCUCGCAUAACAUUGUCCAAAGAUAGUAUCCGAAAAGAGAUAGAGACACAGAAUCCACAGUCUUCAUAUGCCGCAGUUACCGCAGCUCCUGUAGCCAACAGCAUUGGGCGAGGUAGAGGUGCAUCGAGGGCAACAAGGGCAACAAGGGGGCGCGUGCAGGCUAGACGGGCAUACUCCAACACCGCAGCCUCACGCCAAUCCAGCAAUCUUCUCCGCGACUCACCUGCUAAAUCAAAUUGGAGAGCUGGUAGUGAACCUUCCGCGAUUUUCAACUUGCCUACCUCUUUUGGCAGUUUCAAGUACGAGUUCUUCGGAGUAGCAAGAUCGACACUUUCAGGAAAGUCCCCUGCAGCCACCCAAGGUCGUCAUGAAGUCUUCGAGGAAAUUAGCAGGAGAACGGGCGCGUAUGUGAAACCUCCAUCUUAUACUGACAAGGUCAUUCAGCUAUGGGGUAAACCACAAGACGUGGCUUUGGCCAUAGAAAUGAUUGAAAGGCUUCUUGCCAAAUGCAAUAGUUUUGCAGCCGCACAUAAAAGGACGGAAUGGGCUAAAAUCAAUGCCUAUUCCGCAAACAAAGAAAUGGGUGUUGAUUUCAAGGAAAGACGUGAGAAUAUACUGCUGUUUCUGAGGAAGGAACCGGAAUCGCCUUCAGCUUUUCCCGAGCAGCUUUUUUUCUUGUGGCCGAACGAUGGUCCACCGAUCAAGGAAUCUCUUGGAAAACAACUCGAGGCCCUUGAUAUCAUUCGGGCGAAAUUUGGCUGUCACCUCUACCUUCCAAAGAAUGCCCCGGACUAUAUAUGUGCUCUUGGUCAUAGCCAUGAUACGAUGAGGCAGAUCGCACAGCUUCUUAGGACCAAGUGGAGUGAGACCGUUGCCAAUAGCCACGUUAGGUCGAAAGCCUACAUUUUAGAGCCACCAGAAACCCUGAGAGACAAGAUUGUCGUGGAGAAUAAUACUCUCUUUGCGAAAGCCUUUCUCCAUGGAAAGAGGGUGAAGAGCCUUUCGCCAGAGCAGUGGCAGAAUCGACGUACUUUGAUACAGACAAAGAACAACACACACAUCUUGAGCGCCCUUUCAAAAUCCUUGCAAGGUGUCUCCUUUGUCCGUGGACACUUGCGUAUGCGUGUUAACCUUGGUUCAUUUGUGCUUGAUGAGUAUCACAUGCCCAAGAACGACAAAGUUGGGUAUAGUUUUGAGGAGUUUAGAGAGAUGCUAUUGCAUGAGCAAACGAAAGGCCGUCUGAUUCCAGGAUUACGGGUCGGUCAAGAUGAGCUCCUGGCUAGAUGUUUCAUGUCUACCGAUCUUCUCGAGCCUUACGAAAGUACAUCCUGUUCGCUGAAAAAUGCUGAGCCUGCAUAUUCCGUGAACUUCGAAUUCCUAGGUUCGAAUAAUGCUCUACUUCGUCUCGAAGCUGAAUUUGCUAGAAGCCCCGGGGCGCAGGAAUAUGAAGUAACUCAACGCCGAUGGCUUAGGCCUCGCAAAAGCGGCCAGUCAAGGGACAGGAGGCCACCCCUACAGAUUGGUGUUAUUGAUUUCGAAAGAGCCGACUGGCAACUUGAAAUCAAAUCCCUAGAGUUCUAUGAGACAUCCUCCAUCGAUGCUGCAUUGAAAUCGUUUUCGCACUCGAUCGGCUUCCGACGCACUACAACCAUAGGUGACAUUUCUGCACAGCCCAAGAGAAAAGUGAUCUUUCCGAGUUCAGCACCGGUAUCCAGAUUUGUGGAAAAAACCUCCAUCCGGUACCGACUGAAAGGCACCAAGUACAUAUUAGAGAUAGCGAGGUACGAUGAAUACAGCCGCUUAAAGACGGAUGCUUUUCAGGGACAAGCACUAGCACCAGCUUUAGUGACGGGUGAGAUCUGCGAUGUCCCAUCCACGUCCUGGGGCGCAUCUAUAUUCAAUUCCAACUGGGAUAACUUGAUGGGAGAGCAAGCGAACCUGUCAGUUGGGCAUUCCGCACGGCACAGCCCAGAGCUUCACACUUUCUUCCCGCCAAGAAUGAUAUCCAAUUCGGAUGACAAGAGCGAGGGCUUCUGGGAGUUUAUUGGUUUAGUGAAACGAGUGGCGGAAGUUCUAGGCCCAGCACAGCCCCGUUCCAGCUCAGAGAAUACUGCCAGGAUAAUACAGGUGAGCACCGAGUCCUCGAUGAUUUCUGCUGCAACCAAAAGCCAGCCACCUUCAAAUGGAUCCUCGCCCAAACUUGAGGUGAAGGGCCUUGCUGGGAUGUUGGAUGCCGACCUUGGCACUCUAUUCUAG